AUGGCAGUUUUCGUAAAAGGACGGAAAGUUGUCGAUUUAUGGGGCGGUUAUGCUGAUAUACAAGCUGCCAGAACUUGGAAGAAGGCAAGUUUGCAGGAUACCAUAAGUAUUGUGUUUUCUACAACUAAAGCUGUAGCAGCUGUGUGCAUUGCGCUUCUAGCCGAUAGAGGACGACUCAAGUACGACGAUCUUGUUUCGAAAUAUUGGCCUGGAUUUGCCAAAAAUGGAAAAGAGAACAUUACCAUCGAUAUUGUCUUUUCUACAACUAAAGCUGUAGCAGCUGUGUGCAUUGCCCUUCUAGCCGAUAGAGGACGACUUAACUACGACGAUCUUGUUUCGAAAUAUUGGCCUGGAUUUGCCAAAAAUGGAAAAGAGAACAUUACCAUCGAGUGGGUGAUGUCUCAUAUGUCUGGACUUCAUUACUUUGACACACCAAUCACG